AUGGCGGAUUUUACACGUACAUUUGUCAUAGGACUUUCCACAAGAAACCCGGAUGCAGACCAUCAACUCCCCCAGAAACCCAGACUCAAACCACCAACUCCCCCAGAAACCCAGACUCAGACCACCAACUCCCCCAGAAACCCAGAAUCAAACCACCAACUCCCCCAGAAACCCAGACUCAAACAAACAAAUUCCCCCAGAAACCCAGACUCAAACCAUCAACUCCCCCAGAAACCCAGACUCAGACCACCAACCCAGACUCAGACCACCAACUGCCCCAGAAACCCAGACUCAGACCACCAUCUCCCCCAUACCCAGAAACCCAGACCACCAACUCCCCAGAAACCCAGACUCAAACCAUCAACUCCCCCAGAAACCCAGACUCAGACCACCAUCUCCCCCAUCCCCAGAAACCCAGACCAGACCACCAUCUCCCCAGAAACCCAGACCACCAACUCCCCCAGAAACCCAGAAAACAAGACUCAGACCACCAACUCCUCCAGAAACCCAGACUCAAACCAUCAACUCCCCCAGAAACCCAGACUCAGACCACCAACCCAGACUCAGACCACCAUCUCCCCCAUACCCAGAAACCCAGACCACCAACUCCCCCAGAAACACAGACCACCAACUCCCCAGAAACCCAGACUCAGACCAGCAACUCCCCCAGAAACCCAGACCACCAACUCCCCAGAAGCCCAGACUCAGACCACCAACUCCCCCAGAAACCCAGACUCAAACCAUCAAUUCCCCCAGAAACCCAGACUCAGACCACCAACCCAGACUCAGACCACUAACUCCCCAGAAACCCAGACUCAGACCACCAUCUCCCCCAUACCCAGAAACCCAGACCACCAACUCCCCCAGAAACACAGACCACCAACUCCCCAGAAACCCAGACUCAGACCAGCAACUCCCCAGAAACCCAGACCACCAACUCCCCAGAAACCCAGACUCAGACCACCAACUCCCCAGAAACCCAGACUCAAACCAUCAACUCCCCCAGAAACCCAGACUCAGACCACCAACCCAGACUCAGACCACCAACUCCCCCAGAAACCCAGACUCAGACCACCAUCUCCCCAUACCCAGAAACCCAGACCACCAACUCCCCCAGAAACACAGACCACCAACUCCCCCAGAAACCCAGACUCAGACCACCAACUCCCCCAGAAACCCAGACCACCAACUCCCCCAGAAACCCAGACUCAGACCACCAACUCCCCAGAAACCCAGACCAAACCAACUCCCCCAGAAACCCAGACUCAGACCAGACAGACUCUCCCCAGAAACCCAGACUCAGACCAACUCCCCCAGAAACCCAGACCACAACUCCCCCAGAGACUCAAACCAUCAAUUCCCCCAGAAACCCAGACUCAGACCACCAACCCAGACUCAGACCACCAACUCCCCCAGAAACCCAGACUCAGACCACCAUCUCCCCCAUACCCAGAAACCCAGACCACCAACUCCCCCAGAAACACAGACUACCAACUCCCCCAGAAACCCAGACUCAGACCAGCAACUCCCCAGAAACCCAGACCACCAACUCCCCCAGAAACCCAGACUCAGACCACCAACUCCCCCAGAAACCCAGACUCAAACCAUCAACUCCCCCAGAAACCCAGACUCAGACCACCAACCCAGACUCAGACCACCAACUCCCCAGAAACCCAGACUCAGACCACCAUCUCCCCCAUACCCAGAAACCCAGACCACCAACUCCCCCAGAAACACAGACCACCAACUCCCCCAGAAACCCAGAAACCACCAUCUCCCCCAGACUCAGACCACCAUCUCCACAGACCACCAACUCCCCCAGAAACCCAGACCACCAACUCCCCAGAAACACAGACCACCAACUCCCCCAGAAACUCAGACCACCAACUCCCCCAGAAACCCAGACUCAGACCACCAACCCAGACUCAGACCACCAACUCCCCAGAAACCCAGACUCAGACCACCAUCUCCCCCAUACCCAGAAACCCAGACCACCAACUCCCCAGAAACACAGACCACCAACUCCCCAGAAACCCAGACUCAGACCACCAUCUCCCCCAUACCCAGAAACCCAGACCACCAACUCCCCCAGAAACACAGACCACCAACUCCCCCAGAAACCCAGACUCAGACCAGCAACUCCCCCAGAAACCCAGACCACCAACUCCCCCAGAAACCCAGACUCAGACCACCAACUCCCCAGAAACCCAGACUCAGACCAGCAACUCCCCCAGAAACCCAGACCACCAACUCCCCCAGAAACCCGGACUCAGACCGUUAACUCCCCCAGAAACCCGGACUCAGACCGCCAACUCCCCCAGAAACCCAGACUCAGACCACCAACUCCCCCAGAAACCCAGACUCAGACCACCAACACCCCAGAAACCCGGACUCAGACCGCCAACUCCCCCAGAAACCCAGACUCAGACCACCAACUCCACCAGAAACCCGGACUCAGACCACCAACUCCCCCAGAAACCCAGACUCAGACCACCAACUCCCACAGAAACCCGGACUCAGACCGCCAACUCCCCCAGAAACCCGGACUCAGACCACCAACACCCCCAGAAGCAGCAGGCCUGUGCUAGAGACCCAUAA